UCUCUGAACUGGGGCUUAGGCUGGGAAACUCAACUUGUUUUGAUCUAAAAGUUCCCUGACUCCAUUUUAGUGAUUCGUUGAGAGAAGUCCAUCAUCUUACUGAACUUCAUAGAUGUUUCUCUUCAGCAGACUUAGCUGUGCAAAUGAAGCCUGAAACAUAAUUCCAUUGGGAAAUUCUGUUUCCUUUCAUGGUCAGAAAACUAAUACUGCUGUGUCUCUCCUGGGUUUUCAUUGCCUUUGGCUGCCUCCUCAUGAUUUCAGGAUAUUUCAUUUCUUGAAGACAAAAAACGGAAAAGAAGAAAGUUACCUAUGAACCUGAAAUAGAAGAAGCACCAAAUGCUUCAAAAAUGUCUGUGCCUAUAGAAAAGUCAUCGGACAAAAAACGCAUAGCUAGGAAACUAGAACCCAGUUUAAAAUGGAUUUCUACGUCAGACAAAAAAGAUGGAGCAAAGGAAUCCCAGGAUGAAAAGUCAAUCCCAUCAUCUUCAGAAAAGAUAAAAUCAUCAUCUCCUUCAACUUCACCUGGAAAAGCACAAUCUCCAAGACGUAAAAGUUCCGUUAAGAUAGAGGACCUGAUUAGUGAAAGUUCCUCAGAGAGUGAGGAGGAUGAAGAACAGCCUGGUCAUGGUCAGGAAGGACAAACAGAUUUACCCUCUGAAUACUGGCAAAUUCAGAAACUUGUAAAGUACUUAAAGGGAGGAAAUCAGACAGCUACAGUAAUUGCAUUAUGUUCAAUGAGAGAUUUCAACUUGGCCCAAGAAACCUGUCAGUUGGCUAUUAGAGAUGUUGGGGGUUUGGAAGUCCUAAUCAAUUUGCUUGAUACAGAUGAAAUCAAAUGUAAGAUUGGUUCAUUAAAAAUUUUGAAGGAAAUUAGCCAUAAUUCUCAGAUCAGACGUACUAUUGUUGACCUUGGUGGUUUACCAAUUAUGGUGAAUAUACUCGAUUCAUCGGAUAAAAAUCUGAAAUGUCUGGCAGCUGAAACAAUAGCAAAUGUUGCCAACUUCAAAAGAGCCCGGAGGACAGUGAGGCAACAUGGUGGCAUCAAGAAAUUGGUUGAGCUGUUGGACUAUGCCCAGAGCACCCCAGACCAUUCUCACCGCACUUUUCAUUAUGAGACCAAGGAUGUAGAAGUGGCCCGAUGUGGGGCUUUGGCACUGUGGAGCUGCAGUAAGAGCCAUGCAAACAAAGAGGCGAUCCGGAAAGCAGGGGGUAUCCCUCUCUUGGCUCGCUUGCUGAAAUCUUCUCAUGAGGACAUGCUAAUUCCUGUUGUAGGGACUUUGCAGGAAUGUGCCUCAGAGGAAAACUACCGUGCAGCCAUCAAAGCAGAGCGGAUUAUUGAAAAUCUGGUGAAAAACCUUAAUAGUGAAAAUGAAGUGCUUCAGGAGCAUUGUGCCAUGGCCAUCUAUCAGUGUGCUGAAGAUGAGGAAACUCGAGACCUGGUAAGGCAACAUGGCGGCCUUAAGCCACUUGCAGCUCUGCUUAAUAAUACAGACAAUAAAGAACGUCUAGCAGCAGUCACGGGAGCCAUAUGGAAAUGUUCAAUCAGCAAAGAGAAUGUGACAAAAUUUCGAGAAUACAAGGCUAUUGAAACACUAGUAGGACUUUUAACUGAUCAACCUGAAGAAGUACUUGUGAAUGUAGUUGGAGCUUUGGGAGAAUGUUGUCAAGAACAGGAAAACCGAGCUAUUAUCCGGAGAUGUGGUGGCAUUCAGCCACUUGUUAAUUUGCUUGUUGGAACAAACCAGGCUCUCCUUGUGAAUGUUACAAAAGCAGUGGGCGCUUGUGCAACGGAACCGGAAAACAUGAUGAUAAUUGAUCGCUUAGAUGGAGUCCGCUUAUUAUGGUCCUUGCUGAAAAAUCCUCAUCCAGAUGUUAAGGCCAGUGCUGCUUGGGCUCUCUGUCCCUGCAUUGAAAAUGCAAAGGAUGCUGGAGAAAUGGUUCGUUCCUUUGUUGGUGGCCUGGAGCUUGUGGUCAACUUACUGAAAUCAGAAAACAAAGAAGUCCUAGCGAGCGUAUGUGCUGCAAUCACCAAGAUAGCAAAGGAUCAAGAAAAUUUAGCAGUUAUAACAGAUCAUGGUGUUGUCCCUUUGUUGUCCAAACUUGCAAAUACAAAUAAUGAUAAAUUGAGGCGGCACCUUGCCGAAGCAAUUUCUCGCUGCUGCAUGUGGGGCAGAAAUAGAAUCGCCUUUGGAGAACACAAAGCCGUGGCCCCUCUAGUGAGGUACCUGAGAUCCAAGGACACCAAUGUCCACCGAGCCACUGCCCAGGCGCUGUACCAGCUCUCAGAAGAUGCCAACAAUUGCAUCACCAUGCAUGAAAAUGGAGCGGUAAAGCUUUUACUGGAUAUGGUUGGCUCUCCUGAUGAAGUCCUGCAAGAAGCUGCAGCUGGUUGUAUUGCAAACAUCCGUAGGCUGGCUCUAGCAACAGAGAAGGCAAAAUAUAGUUGAAGUCUGAACAGAUUUUACUAGGUACUAAAUUUUAUGUGACACUGAACAUGUGAUUUCAUGGCCAGGCAGCAUAAAUAGGGAGGCAUUUAUUAGCAAUUCCUUUUUAAAAAGAAGAAAAGAGGAAAAAAAGAAAGGCAAAUGCCUAAAUGAAAACACACAAAUUAAAUAAGUAAAGAAUGCUUUUUAAUCUAAAAAGUACAUGCAUCCUUUUAGUCAACUUAGUGUGUUGCAGGAUGCCAUUAACAAAGCAAACCUAUCCCUAUUGAAAUCUAUGAAGAUUUCCCCUGAAAUUAACCCCAAUUUUUCUAAAAUAUUCAUGUCAGUGAUGCUUUUAUAUUUCUGUGAUUUUAGUAAAGAUGUGGCCUGCAUUUCAUGCAGUUCUACAUGAUUCAUGGAUAUCUUCAGAAUUCCCUUUCUGCCAAACCUGUCUAAUCAGCCUGUCAUUAUGGUCUUGUCUGUUUCAUCACUCGAAAUCCACAGGAGAGCGUUUGAGUGCAGACGCACUGAUUCCACAUCUGGUAUUGUAUGAGUUUAAAGUAAGCAGCUGGAACUGUAGAGAUCAUUCCAAGGUCAUCCCAAAUUUCUCCUAAAUACUACCAAGCAUCUAACAAGAUGCUAUAUAAUCUUAACUAUAUCAGGUAAUGCAAAACAUGAACAAAUAAGCAAUGAAUAAUUAUUUUUGUUUGAAUUUUAGCAACAUAAACAAUUAAGAGUGCUGUGUUCCUUACAAGGAUCCACCAAACCUUUUAUUAAGAUAAUUAAUUAUGCUCAUGUAAUGAUAGUGUAUAACUCCACAUAAAAUUGGUUUGAAUUUUAAACCUGUUUUCAGCACACAGAGUACUUUUUAAAAAGUGGCUACAAAAGAUUAAUAGCAUUUUACCAGAUUAUAGAAACAUUAGAACCCACUUAAAGAAUCCCAUAUGUAAACUCAGUGCACUAAAUGUUUGGGAACUAACUGUACCCAGCAACUAAUACCUUAAAAAAUUGCUUUGUACAUAUCAAUUCAGGAAACAGACUUACAACACUGACAAGUCUCAUUUAUUGCUUUGAAGGGCAGGCUAGCAGUUUUUAUUGAAUAAUAGCAAGGACUGUGUAUAUUUGUCAUAAGUUGGAGCAGAUAACGAGCUUAAUUGAAUUAAAACGUAAACAAUUUGUACAAAUCAGAGGGGAAGAUGAGGACAGCUUCAACAAGAUGAGUUAAUAAUACCAAUGGAAUAUAUGAUGGAAAGAUCUGAGGAGGCCUUUAAGAAUUUCUGAGUAUUUGUAAAAUAAAGCUGAUUAAUUUUCAAAA